AGGAUAAGGCUGAAAACGAUGUUCAGGAGUUCAUUACUCAUAUUAGCAAAUCGGGCUUAAUACCAGUUUUAAAUGUUGGACUAUUAAACUUUUCUUUACACCUUAAUGAGCACAAUAAGUUAUACCCUUCUAUUGAUUUGAGAUCAUCAAUACAUGAUAUUCAUUUAAAAACUUGUUAUGACGGAGCGGAGGCAUUAGCACAACUUAUAGCAUAUAUUGCCAAUGAUAAAGACUUAAAAACAAGUAUGGAUAACGCAACUAAUUUAAAAAAAACUGAUAUAACACCAGUUAGAAAUGAUGACCAUGCUAAUGAUAAAACGGUAAAUCAAAUAAAUACACUUAUGGCAGACGCAGUUAAGGAUGUGGAAACUUUUUCCGUGCCUCAACCCUUUGAAAAAUUUGAUGAAAUCCUUAAUGUCGAAAAUGAGAGUCUACAAAGUAAACCAAUAUCAUUUGAUAAAAUGUUUGGCUCGGAAUCACAAUCAUUUUAUAAAUAUGACACAACUGAAAACUCCUUUGUCAACGCCGAUCUUGGAGCUAAUUUAUUAAAUGUUGCGCCGACUUUAGAGGAAAAAGAGUUCCACAUAAUUCACAACGAGGACCUUUUGUUCAUGGAUAAUUUUGGUGUUGACCAGAUAUACGUUUCUGAUGGACCUCUACAAAUAGUUGACAAUCAUUUUAGUCUACCCAGCGAAAAAAAUGAUAUUCUAAGCCCUCCUCCUAAUUUUCCAAUUCCUGAGCACAGCUAUACAUUAUGUGAAAUGACAUUUACAUGGCAUCUAUUUGGAGGAAAGGAUUUUCCUGAUAUUUCAAAAUCAAAGCCGAAAGAUAAUACGAGGUAUGUGAAUUUCAAAAUAUUGUAA